AUGGACGACUAUCAGGCAGAGGAAGAGACCACGUUCGUUGUCGAUGAAGUGAGUAAAAUCAUAAAAGAGUCGGUGGAAGUGACCAUAGGAGCGAAUGCCUACCAGCACAGUAGAGUAAACCAGUGGAGCACAGGAGUGGUGGAGCAGUGCCUCAGUCAGCUCAGCAAGCUGGGAAAGCCUUUCAAGUACAUCGGCAAUGACCUGUAUCAUCAUGCAGAAAAAUGGAGCGGGGCUGCAAACAGCCAGCACUUGCUUCUGGGACAACACUACUGAUGGAAGCUGUGCAGUGAGAUGGGAGAACAAGUCUAUGUACUGCAUCGUCAAUGUUUUUGGUCUAGCCAUC